GAAAACCUAUGGUCCGAUUUCGGCGAUUUUUAGAUUGGGGCUGCCACACUAUAAAGGUAGUAUUUGUGCAAAGUUCUGCAUCGAUAUCUUCACUAGUGCUUACUUUAUAUAUUGUAUGUAAAGUAAACGAUUCAGAUUGUCUUCAAAGUUCUGGUAUAUAGGAAGUAGGCGUGGUUGUGAAGCGAUUUGGCCUAUUUUCACAACAUAUCAUUGGGAUGUAAGGAAACUAUUACAAACCAAGUUUCAUUGAAAUCGGUCGAGUAGUUCCUGAUUUUUGACCCAUAAGUGGACGAUGCCACGCCCAUUUUUCAUUUUGUAAAAAAAUCUGAGUGCAGCUUCUAUCUGCCAUUUCUUAUGUGAAAUUUAGUGUUUCUGAGUUAACUCACUUUUAGUAAUUUUCAACCUAACCUUUGUAUGGGAGGUGGGCGUGGUUAUUAUCCGAUUUCAACUAAUUUCAUUGUGUGUGGUGGGGUACGUAAGAGAACUGACUGCAGAAAGCGAGAUAUAUACAAAUAACCGAUUUGGGGGCGGGGCCACGCCCACUUUCCCAAAAAAAUUACAUCCAAAUAUGCCCCUUCCUAGUGCGAUCCUCUGUUCCAAAUUUUACUUUUAUAACUUUAUUUAUGGAUUAGUUAUGACACUUCCGAUCCCAAGUGUAACCAGGUCGCUUACCACCUGGUCCCUCCAACGAAGUGGAGGCCUUCCCCUUCCUCGGCUUCCUCCGGUAAGAAGAAAUGUAUAUCCUGUUCAGAGCGUCACUCCAUUAAAUUGUGGAAGUCGCUGGACAAGACCUUAAAAUCGUGAAUUUGAUGUUGUCUUAUCAUGUUGGUGGAACUAAGUUCGUUAAUUUAUAAUAAAUAGAAUCAAAAUAUGGCUUCAACACAGGUCUUUCCCCUCUCCCCAUUAUUAGUUAAUAUAUCCCCUGCUUCCAACGAGUAUACAGACUUCCGGAUAUAAGAUAUUACAUCUUAGGAAUGUGUACAAACCGUUCAUAAAUUCACCCAAAUGGGAUUCUUUCCUUAAUUAUAAUCAGCUUUCGUACUCAUGCCUAUAUAUUUUACGCUUCUAAUAUUUUUGCGAUUAUCUUAAGUAUUGAAUAUUGAGUGCUUUGUUUUCACAACUCUCAUUUUUAAGUUCAUUAUAUUUUUAUUGUGUUUAUACCGUUUAUUAACGUUUUGUCUCUCAUCAAAGUCGACAAACUUCAUACAUAAGCUUAUUAGAUAGAUGCCCGCAUACAUAUUUAUCUGUUACCUACUUACAUACAUAUGUACUCGUAUAUAUGUACAUUCGAAAAUAAAAAUAAAACAAUAAACCAUGGACACCGACGAUCAGCCGACCAUACAACUGGAACAACUGAACGAACGUGAGCUAUAUGUGCAAUGCAUUAGCAAGCAAUUGGAGGAGCUGGACUUGCUCUCAUCGAUCUAUUGUACACCCGGCGAAAUGCAUAUCUUCGAUGCGAGCGUCAUCAGCGACUUCAAUGACUUUCUCAAUACGCCCACAGUUGUACCCACGCAGGUGUUGAAGGCACAUUUGGAUUAUGUGAUUUCCGUUAGUGUGUUGCAUGGCAAGUCCAAAGAGAAGGUGGAUAUACGCAUUGAAUUGCCCAAUCUCUAUCCGCUGCUGGAGAACGCCAUUGUUACGGUAAUCAGCGCGCUUUUGGGCAAAGCUAAAGAAAUGCAUUUAAAGCGUGAAAUUGAGAAGUACAUAGCAAGCAUGGAUAAGAGUGAAUGUUAUGUCUUUCAAGUGGUGUCCUGGCUGCAGGAUGAACUCAACGAGUUGAUCAUGCGUGAUGCCAGCGAAUUCGAGUUGAAAAAGCAGUCAGCAGUGGAUAAUGAGUGCGCAUUGGAAUGUGAGCGUUUGUGGAUUUACUCGCACCACAUUAAAUCGAAGAAAAAGCGUCAAGAGAUACAAAGAGUGGCGCGCAAUAUGGAUUUGAGUGGUUUCUCGCGCCCAGGCAAGCCGGGCAUUAUAUGCGUAGAGGGUUUGCAUGAGCACACGCAGGAAUUUUGGCGCACACUCAAAGCUAUGCACUGGCAGCACAUAACGAUUUGCAAGAGCGAACUGUGGCAGGGUAAAUUGGCGCAACGUCGGCGUUUCGAUGGUUUCAAGGAGCAGCUCUUCUGCGAUGAUCUCGACAAUGAGGAGGGUGUAAUGAAUAUGGCGCUCUUUAUGAAAUACUUGGAAACGCACAAAUCGGGUUAUAUGAAGAAAGAGCUCUUCGGUUUGGAGUAGCAAAGUGUGUGCGUUGAAUAGAAGUAAGGCAUAAGACAAAGCCACAUUAAAAAUCUGAGAGAAGAAAUAGAAUAGAGCAAUAACUAAAACUGCCAACGCGGAUGGGAAUAUUUCAUUUUUACUUGAUAUUUCCGUCUUGUACGUCACGUUUUAUGCAUAUAUUUUAAUAUGCAUAUAUUUUUUAAAGAAAAUUUAAAUUUCGCUUUACCAAAUAUUGAACUUUAAAAGUAAUAAAAUUUGGAAUUAAUUAAAAAAAAUAGUUUUUUUUUU